AUGGCAAAAGACGUCGGCGCGCCCACGGCUGCGGACAAGGGCAAGGGAAAGGCCGUCGACGAGCCCAAGGAUGAGAAGCCCGUGCUGAACGGCAAGAAGGAAGACGGCAAGAAAGAGGCGGCAGAGGAGGAACUCAGCGAAGAGGACCAGCAACUCAAGAAUGAGCUGGACAUGAUGGUGGAGCGAUUGACGGAGUCCAAUACGGAGCUGUACAAAGCCGCCCUGGAGGCCAUGAAAUCGUCAAUCAAGACUUCGACAUCAUCAAUGACAGCGGUGCCAAAGCCGUUGAAGUUUCUGCGGCCUCACUAUGAGACGUUGACAAAACUGUACGACGACUGGCCCGAUGGCGAGAACAAGACGUCCCUUGCGGAUGUCCUCUCGGUGAUUGGCAUGACGUACUCGGACGAAGACCGACAAGACACUCUCAAGUACAGAUUGUUGGCGCCCACGACCGACAUCGGGUCUUGGGGCCACGAGUACGUCAGACAUUUGGCACUGGAGAUCGGCGAGGUGUAUGCCAAGCGCAUCACUGCGGAUGAGCCCACGAAGGACCUGGUCGACCUGGCUCUGGUCCUGGUGCCGCUGUACAUCAAGAGCAAUGCCGAGGCCGAUGCUGUCGACCUCAUGAGCGAGCUGGAGAUCAUCGAGGAAAUUCCCAGCAUGGUCAACUUGCUCACCUACCCCGACAACGAAACGUUUCUCCGAACUGCACACAAAAUCUACAUUGAGUACAAGCAGUUUACUCAGGCAAUGGUGCUCGCCAUCCGACUGCACGACGUCAACUUGAUCAGAGCCGAUUUUGGCAAAGCAAAGAACCCUGCGUUGAAGAAGCAGCUUUCCUACUUGAUUGCCCGCCAAAGGAUAGUCCUAGAGUUCCCUGAGGACACCAGGGAUGACCCGGAUCUUUCGGAUUGCUUGUCCAACCUCAAGCUGUCGGACCAUUUCAAGGCUCUCGGCAAAGAGCUGAACAUCCUGGACCCCAAGACCACCGAGGACAUAUACAAGAGCCACCUGGAAAGCAGCCGGGUCGCCGGCAUGACGAACCUCGAUUCCGCCAGACACAACCUCGCAGCCGCCUUUGUCAACGCGUUUGUCAAUGCUGGCUUUGGCAAGGAUAAGAUGAUGCUGGUCGAUGGCGAGAAGGAGACGUGGGUGUGGAAGACCAAGGCGGACGGUAUGAUGUCCACCGUCGCAUCCAUGGGCACCCUCAUGCUGUGGGACGUCGAGAAUGGCCUCGAUAAGAUCGAUAAGUACACUUACUCGUCGGACCCCGAGAUCUGUGCCGGAGCCAUGCUCGCCAUUGGCAUCAUGAACUCGGGCAUCUGUGUAGACUCGGAGCCGGCCCUGGCCCUCCUCGGCGACGCGGAGAAGCUGCAUCACUCAAACCCCCUGAUCAGGACAGCCUGCCUCAUGGGAUUGGGCUUAUCAUACGCCGGCUCUAAUAAGGAAGAGCUACUGGAACUCCUGCUGCCCAUCAUCAGCGACUCCUCCCAAGAGAUGCAGAUCUCGGCAAUGGCUGCACUCGCCUGCGGCUUCAUCUUUGUUGGGUCGUCGCAUCCCGAAGUCUCCGAAGCCAUUGUCACGACCCUCAUGGACGAAGACCGCAAGAGCCAGUUGACGGACAAGUGGACGCGGUUCUUGGCCCUUGGCCUUGGCCUGCUCUUUUUUGGCCGGCAAGAAGAGGUUGACGUCAUUCUGGAGACGCUCAAGGCUGUGGACCACCCGAUGGCCAAGCCCACGGCUGUCCUAGCGGAGAUUUGCGCUUGGGCUGGCACAGGCGCUGUUUUGAAGAUCCAGGAGCUCUUGCACAUCUGUAACGAGCACAAGGAGGAGACCGAGGACAAGAAGGGAGACGAGCUGCUGCAAGCAUAUGCCGUCAUUGGCAUUGCCCUGGUGGCCAUGGGCGAAGACGUGGGCCAGGAAAUGGUGCUGCGGCAGUUUGGGCAUCUCAUGCACUAUGGCGAGGCCAACAUCCGCAAGGCCGUGCCUCUGGCCAUGGGCCUGAUAAGCCCGAGUAACCCGCAGAUGAAGGUGUACGACACGCUCUCGAGAUACAGCCACGACAACGACCCCGAGGUGGCCAUCAAUGCCAUCUUCGCCAUGGGAAUGCUUGGCGCCGGCACCAACAAUGCCAGGCUGGCGCAGCUGCUGAGACAGCUCGCCAGCUACUACCAUCGCGACCAGGACGCCCUGUUCAUGGUCCGCAUCGCCCAGGGUCUGCUGCACAUGGGCAAGGGGACGUUGUCCAUCAACCCGUUCCACACAGAUCGCCAGGUGCUCUCGCACGUUGCGGCCGCGGGCUUGCUGGCCACCAUGGUGGCCAUGAUCGACCCCAAGGAGUUUAUCGCCUCGACCUCGCAUUACCUCGUCUACUUCCUCGUGCCUGCCAUGCAACCUCGCUUCCUGGUCACUCUGGACGAGAAACUUGAGCCGCUCAAGGUCAAUGUUCGCGUGGGCCAGGCCGUGGACGUCGUCGGUCAAGCCGGCCGGCCCAAGACGAUUACGGGAUGGCAGACGCAGAGCACACCCGUGCUGCUCGGCCACGGCGAACGCGCGGAGCUGGAAGAUGAUGAGUACAUAAGCUUGAGCAGCACGCUCGAGGGCCGGGUCAUUCUGCGAAAGAACCCAGAUUGGGAGGCCGGACAGUGA